GGACUGUAGACACAACUUCUAUUCCUUAACAGUUGUCAAAUGCUGGAAUUCGCUGCCAGCUGAGCUAGUCCAAGGGACUUCCAAGGAGCCUUUUAAUAAGAAACUUGGCCAAUUCUUAAGGAGUAAGAUUAACGACUUAUUAUGAUUUACCAGUUUCUUUUAUUCCUUUAUUAUCGUUAAUAUACCUGGGUUCCUGCUCGGAGGUAUUGGUGAUCCACUUCUACUAGACACGGAAGCCUGUUAAGCGAAAGUUUCUUCUAUUCCAUGCACAACCAUUUGAACAAUUCGAAGCAAUCCUCAGGGACGCGCGCAAUUUUCAACUAACAGCUGUGUAGCGGUAUCGGAAAUCAUUAUAUGUGACUUUACUAAUGCGAGUUUGUUUUCCUUAUUGCAGGGCAACAGAAAGUUAACGUACUAGAAGAAGAAAAAAAACAAGCCUUGCGCAGGCUAAACCUGCAGGAUAAUGAGUAAAACCAUUUUGUCAUAGACUUCCUUUUUUGUACUUAAUCCACGUAAUCCCAUUUUUAAAUAUAUCUCUAUUGUGCUCGUACGCCGUGUACUUAUUUGAGUGGUAUCUGCCUGUCCUGACUGUUGUGUUGUGUUUCAGAUAGCUCCUGCUUGCAAGUAAACGCUAAUAGUACGUGCUACAGCUGUUUAGGCUUGCGUUACUGCUGAUUGCUGUCUACUGUUUUACAUGGUAAAUGUGAGUGUAUUACAUACAUUCACAGUGUUCUACAAAAGAAAAAAAAGUUUCUUCUCUGUAUUACAAACACAUUGUGGUCUCAUAUAGUUCAGACUGCUGUCAUCUGUAUUUUUACUGGUUAUAACAGGUAUAUGGGAAUAAUUUAAAACGAUUAUUAGAAGAAUCAAUAAGAAACAGUGUUGAACGACAUAGGUAUCAUUCCUGUGGGCUAUUUUUGCAUAUGUAAGAAGACGUAGUGUAGAUAUUUCGGUUAUUGGGAGUAUAAUGAGUUACAUACUCAAUCAGACGCCAGUUAUUAAGCCUGAGUGGUUUGGAGGUAAAAAAUAACUUAUUUUCAAUGCUACUCUAGCAAGCAAACAACUAAUCUGACGAGGCUAGUUAAGUGUCUAAUUAUCCAUGUCUGUUGUCUUUUUUUCUUUGGUUCAUGUCGUAAACUCUGUAUAAAUUGAAAAAAAAUUCUAUCCAAUUGGGCUACGGACAGUAUUUAUUCGACACUAGAACUGAGAUGAAAUAUAAAAAGAGGAAAUUGAAACUAUUAUCUUGGGAAGAAAAGCUUGACAGACAAAUCCAGUUUGUGAAUGUCGACAAUACAGAUGAGAAUUAUCUCUCCGCUGAUGAACCAACCGAUGUGAUCAUUAUGAAAACAGUCACACCGAUUUCAUCGAAGGGUGUUGGUGGUCUACGCAGGCUAUGUAUGUCGAAAUAUUUCGAGGCUGAGUAAGCAUAGCUUUCAAUACUUACCCCCUAUAUAGUUCACUUAUAAAUAUUUUUUAUUACUUGUGUCAAUUAGUGGUCGUUAAUGUUCGAGAUUUGUGGACCUACUUAUUCGGUAUGUGUGACGUAGUUUCGUUAGAUGAGUAUACCGAAAAGUUCACAGCGUUAAGCGGUUUAACUGGACAUCUUAUGAUGUUUAUUCUCGAUAAAAUACAGAGUUAUCGUAUGCAACUGUAUUACUGUUUAGUUUGAUACAGGGUAAAUGAAUUGGGUCCACUUCUUGUUUUAGGUACUCUAACAGACAUUGUCAGAAACAAGUUUUUCAUCAGUCUAAUUAAAGUUGCUUUCAGUUUUUUUAACAACAGAGUUAUUUCAUAUGGUGUUUUAAAUUUGUUACUCUUGAACGAUUCACUUUGAUGGGAAGUGUCAUCGGUAAAUAGACAGUUUCAUUGAAAUCUAAUUAUCAAACUAAAACACAACCUAGUCACUAUUUUUGUCGUUAUCAGUGGUUUGUUGGUUAAAAUGCUUAAGUAUAUAUUAAAAUAUCUUAUGUAUAAAUUCGACAGUUCCUAAAAGUGGAGGACGGUCAGGCAGAAUUAACCAACGAAGUUUACUUGGUGUUCAGUCAGUCAGCUACAACGUAGGACCAGGCACAUAUGUGCAUCGGUCCAAGUUGCCAUACCGCAUUAGCACAACAAGAUGAACACCGAAUUCAUAGUAGUUAAUUCAGUGGUGGUAAGAUAUAAAAGAAAGAUUGCAUAUAAGGACAUAGUACAGGAAGAAAGAUUUAGUUCGUAGAAAGAAAGAUAAGAAGCGAUUUUAAUCUCUUAGUUUGAGGGAAGAUAGAGAGUGUAUACACCGAUGCCAUUGUGAUCGAUUCUGAGCCAUGUUUCCACGAGUCUCCAACCAUAGGUUACGAUAAUCACGUCGUCUAGCUUAGCUAACAUAUCGUAUUUGUUGAUCGGUCAUAACCAAAGUAAUAGACAGAUUAGCACUGAUAGAUUUGUAUCAUGUAUUAUAUAAACCUACAAAGUACGCUUUUUUUAAAACUGGUUUAAGUUUUAUUUAAUUAUGUUGCAUACUAUUAAACUUGACUUUGGGUAUAAAUGUCUAAAUGACAAUAAUUUUGUUUCAGAUCUGUGAUAGAUUUAGACCGAUUGUGUGUUUCUGGCGAAGAUCUGCUAUAUCACAGUAGUAUACCUCAACACCGUCAAGCCGUCAAGUAAUAUUCUGUCUUCUGGUUUUAGAUUGGUGUAUGAACACUUCCCCAACAUGGUACAGUAACUUUGUAAUUGAUCUGUUUAUAUUAUUUUAUGGAUUCAAUAUUUCCUAAAUCAGGAUACUUCAUUUCUACAAGAGACAUUCUUCAACUAUUGUGUAAUAACUCAUUGUUCUCUCUGCUGAAUAGAAAGUUGCUUGAUA